ACAGAAAAACACAAGCUGUACGACAUGCGAGUCUAAUGGAACAGCCUGAUCAGCAAUCAAUAGACGGUCGUAACACGUGUGUGUAGUUUUACACAUAAACAUGCCGGUAAGGGAUGAGGAGAAAACAGGAAAAUCAGGUGACAUUGAAAGAGAAGUAAUGGCGUGAAUCAUCAAACAACAGGGAAAUGAGAUCAGAAACAAAGACGACGCCCCAACUGGUCGGGGUAGAUAAGGGGUCCCCACUGGUCGGGGUAGAUAAGGGGUCCCCACUGGUCGGGGUAGAUAAGGCGCCCCCACUGGUCGGGAUAGAUCAUCCGCCCCCACUGGUCGGGGUAGAUAAGGGGUCCCCACUGGUCGGGGUAGAUAAGGGGUCCCCACUGGUCGGGGUAGAUCAUCCGCCCCCACUGGUCGGGGUAGAUCAGGGCUGGGCCUGGAUGGUACUCGCUGCGUGUUUCCUCUCUAAUGUCAUGAACGCCUAUUUUACAUACGCCGCCGGUGUUCUCAACGUGGCCCUCCUGGUGAGGUUCAAGGAGAACGUGGCCUUUACUGCCCUGGUAGGAUCGAUCUUCGCCAGUCUGCUGAGUCUGACAGGGCCGAUAUCGAGUUUCCUUGUAAAUACAACAAACUGCCGGAUCACGCAUCUCAUUGGAUCAGCCAUGAUUUUCAUUGGAUUCUCGGCCAGUUACUUUGUCAAUAGCCUCAACGUCCUGUUGGUCACUUACGGCAUUUGUGCAGGUUCUGGAACAGGCCUGGUAGCAGCUUCUAUCUUGAUUAAGUUGGGUUACUCGUUUGAUCGUUACCAAGGUAUUGCAGUCGGGGUGGCGGUGGCCGGGAGUGGGAUAGGGAUGUUCCUUAGUGGACCUGUGACUCAGUUCCUCCUCGAAACGUAUGGGCUUAAUGGUGCCUUUCUCUUUCUGGGCGGACUUAGCAGUCAAGGCUUUGCUUUCGCGAUAAUUAUGCGUCCAUGUGGCAGGGAACUGUUGGAAAAGGCGAGACGAGAUGAGUCUAGCACAGGAGGAUUUCGUAAUUCUUUCGAUUUCAGCAUUAUCAGGAACAAAACAUUUAUGAUGGUACUUUUCUCCAAUGUCUUGUGGAAUGUUUCCUAUGCUAUUCUUUUGCUGCAUUUGACCAACUUCGCAGUAACGGAGGGAUCAACCGCAUCAGAGGGGGCUUGGUUAAUCACCAUGAUUGGCGUGGGGAGUAUAUUUAACCGGAUCCUCACCGGACUCUCCCUCGGGAAGAAGAAUGGUUUGGAUCCGUUACUUCUUCAGUUUGGAUUCCUUGGUUUGUCCGGACUGGUCACCGUCUUGUUCCCGUUAUUUUCAGGGACUUACAACGGUCAGUGUGUUUUCGCUGUUGUAUUUGGUUUUUACAGCGGCGGCAUGAUCACACUAAUUACCCCCCUUGUCGUUCAUCUGGCUGGUGUAUCACAGGUGGCAGCAGGUGUCGGCGGGAUGUACUUAUCAUCAGGGAUUGGAGGUAUCCUUGGUCCACCAUUGGCCGGUGCUAUAUACGACUCAUGGAGGACAUUUGAAUACACGUUUUAUCUCGCUGGUGCCUUAUUUAUAGCUGGUGCAUUCUUUAUACUGGUGUCGUCGGUAUGGAGAGAUGAAAUUGAACAUGAAGAACAACAUCUGGAUAUCAAGGAAAGUAACAUUCUUGGUGGGUCGGCGAUGUUCCUAGCUGGUUCGAUGAGCCACCUAGCUGAAGGCGUAUCACCGAGUGUAGCACGUCGAGCUAUGAAACUCUCCAAACAUUCUCUACUUAUAGAUGGCGUUCUUCGUGCGUCCCAUUCAUCUGUUCACCGCAGUGAGACACAUAAAUCAGAGGAACAUCAACCUUUAAACCGUCUGACCGUGCCCGACAGCUAAUCCAGGCGGAUUUUAGGAUCAUUUCUCUUAUAGUAGUUACAAAUAUUCACGUCUAAAAUACAGGUAAUGUUAAUGAUGAAACGCUGUUCAAACCUAUCAGUAACAAGUUACUUGGCUAUUAUCUAUAAUUUAUUCCAGGUAUGUUAACGUGUGUUAUAACCCACAUGUUAGUGAGAAUGACCUUAUAAGGGUCUACCAUUAAUAUACAGUUGAUGUCAUUGAGGUUGAGAAGUGUUAGGUUGAUAUGGUUGUUUGAUACCAAUGUUUCAGUUCUGGAUUGAUCACUUUAGAAUAUGAUAAGUAUUUUACUGAUUUAAAGGAAAGAAAUACUGAAAACAUCAAAUGUUUUGAUAUGCAUAAUGUCAACAAUAUAUUAAUAUAUUUUAUUUUAUAGUAAUUUAUUUCUAAAAAUAUUUCUUUUAGUUCUGAAAAAUAUCACAAUCCGAACAUGUCUUUCAUUAAUAUUUAACCAUAGUUAUCAAUGAGAACAAAGCAUGCGUUUAUAUAACAGAUCUAGUCCCGGAACAAUUGUAUCUACAUUACUAUUCUUUGUUAGGGAGGACGUACUUCAACUGUUCAACUUUUAUUUUUUGUUUAGUGCUGUUUAUUUUAUGUGUUGGGGAAAUGAUCUUGUCGGCAUUUCCUCUUGAUUUCGAAUAUGCUAACCAUCUAAGAGAAAGACCAUUAGUGACAAAUUGAGGCGGAGUUUAAUGACAUCAAUAUAACCACAGCACCUAUUGUUACCUGGCUCUCUACGUUAAUGUUAAUUAAGUAUUUUCUGUUUACCAGCAAAAUUGUAAUCGUAACAAACCCAUCAGUGCUCAGAAAUCUUGACCGGUCCGGUCGCACACAAACAUUCAUAUAAAUACGAUGACGAGUCUUCCUCAUCGUGAUUUGUAACCAGUAUCCAUAGAAACGCCUAGUGAAGGCUGCUAAUUCGAAGUCAGAGAGGUUUUAAGACAUUUCCGAUCAGGGUUUGUAUGACCUAAUUGGAAUUAGGUUUACGGCCAACACAAAGAAUGUCGUAAAAGGAUCUGUAAGAAUGAUAAUAGCGAACUGCGAGACCAAACGGAUAGUUAAAAUACACCAAAGCCGGAAUGCAGUCUUAUGAAGAUUUUUGUUUACGCGGAGCCUAUAUCGGAGUGUUGAUAUCAUUCAGAUAACAGUACAGUUGUUUCAUGCCUUAUUAGUCACAAGGCAAAACUGUUCCCUGUGGCCUCGAGGAACAGUUCAUCAGGUUGGUCCAACAGUCCAACGACAGUCUGUUAUUGACCUUAGUAAUGAUAAAACGAUCACCUGACGUUUACCUGAACAAUUUUUUUUUGUAUUUAUGGCGAUACCGCUGAGUAAAAAAAUGUUACAUAAAUGUUUUAAGAUCGCUAUUAAAUGUAAACUUUAUAUAUUUUACAACAAUUAGAUGAACGUGUUAAUCAAACUCGAUGGCCCGGAUGGAAGCGCGCGAGAAAUUUAAGAUUGGGAGGAAACCGUACUACCCGGAGAAACCAACGUGGUGAUGCAGAUGACCCCUGACCUGUUCGCGUCCGAUCGGGGAAUCGAACCCCGGCCGCUUAAGUGAGAGACAAGUGUUUUAUCAAUGUGACCCUCGACCGCCAUAUCGCGAACAGAAUACUGUGUGAAUAGCGAUGAAGGUAUGCUACUGACGACCGUAAAAUGAUACACAUUUCCACUGAUUCAUGCGUGUAAUAAUAACGAGGAUAUGCUACAGACAAAUGAUCAGUACAGUCACUUUGAUAAUCAUCUGUUUAACUUAUACAAGGGGAGCGUGUAUGUUAUCUUAACUGAAAGACAGUCUGUUACAGACAAAUAACAGGUUGUAUGUCAAUCGUCCAGAUGUAAGUCAGUGUUAAGGUUAGGGUGACGAAUGUUAAGGUAACCAUUCUGUGUCAAUCGUCCAGAUGUAAGUCAGGGUUAAGGUUAGGGUGACGAAAGUUGUUGGAACCUAGAAUCAUCAUUCACCAGCAUCAUUGUAUGGUUAAGGAAAAGAAUCACUGACGAUAUAAUUUUACUAUAAUGUUAAGGAAAAGAAUCUGACGAUAUCAUUUUACUAUAAUAUAACACAAAGUUGGUAUUCAGAAUCACCAUUCACCAGCACCAUUGUAUGGUUAAGGAAAAGAAUCACUGACGAUAUCAUUUUACUAUAAUAUAACACAAUGUUGGUAUUCAGGCCUAAGUAUAAAUUGAUGUUUUCUAUGUCAAUUUAAUCCAAUAAAAAGCAUCAUCCAUAUGUUACACACAAUUCCAUAUUGAUGUAUUAUCUUAUCCCGUGUAUUGUUAAAUGACAGGUUUAAAAUCUAGAUUUGCACAUUAUCGGGGGAUGAAAAUGAUUUUUACAUAACCUGUGUUUGUAUGAAGAAAUCAUGCGGGUCUCCUCAUUGUGUCUAAGUUUAUUGGUGAUUAUGUGUAUGAUAUCCGAUGAUGAACUACUCUUACCAUUAAACUGAUAAUGAAAUACUUUAUUUAGGCCCUCAUCGUCAAAGGAAGAUGGUCACACACAUAUGUACCUCGUGUAAAACGGUUCACUAUAGAAUGAACAGGUCGUAAAACGUUACAAAGAAACCAAAAUUCUCAAAAAAAACACAAAAAAACCCACAUUUAUGACACUCGGAUAAAAAGAAUAUUUGAUACUAAUUUGUUAAUGUAUUCGAGGAGAGGGGUUUUAUAGGUUUUGCCUGUUGCUCAUUUGUAUGUUAGAUCUCAAUAAUGCAUCGAAUUUAUAAAUGAAUAGAGCUAAAAAAAUAACAAGUGCUAUCUGAAACGGUAUAAAGUAUCCAUACAUAUUAAUGUGAUUAUUUUAUACAACCACAACAUAAGAAUACGAAUGUGUUCCCUAACCUCCUGGCUAGUUUCGGUGCUAACUUGGGUGUCAAUUUGAUUGGAAUUUUGUUUUUGAUAAAAUCAUUCCAUAUAUGUAAAUAUACAGAAAUGUGUGUAUCAGAAAACAUACCAGUACCUCAUUGCAUAAUUGUUUUUAUUUUGAGUUGUUCAGUAUUCCCAGUCUACAAUGUAUAUACAUUUUCUGUAAUCAUGAUAUAUCUUGGUCGGUUUGUAAGGUUGCUUACCUUUACCACAUUCAUGUAUUUAGUAAUCCAAACAGUGCCAGGCCAAUCGUUUGUUUUACAUUUAUCUAUUAAUGUUUUCAUCAACUGUCGGAACACAGUAUAGUGCUAUCAAAACAGAUGUUGUCAUCAACUGUCAGAACACAGUAUAGUGCUAUCAAAACAGAUGUUGCCAUCAACUGUCGGAACGCAGUAGAGUGCUAUCAAAACGGAUGUUGUCAUCAACUGUCAGAACACAGUAUAGUGCUAUCAAAACAGAUGUUGUCAUCAACUGUCGGAACACAGUAGAGUGCUAUCAAAACAGAUGUUGUCAUCAACUGUCAGAACACAGUAUAGUGCUAUCAAAACAGUGCCAGGCCAAUCGUGUGUUUAAAUUCUUUGUAAUCAAUUAUCAGAACAGAAUAUAGUGCUUUAGAAAUUGAUGCAAAGCCAAUAUUUUGUUUAACUCUUAGAUACAUUGUAUUCAAUUAUCAGAACAGAAUAUAGUGCUUUAGAAACAGAUGCCAGGAUAUCAUUAUUCAAGAUUUCACAGAAAAAUGUUGAUUUAUUUAUGUGUUACAAUUUGAAUAUAUUUGUGAACGUCUUCAAGAUCACAAUACUAUAUGAUUUUAGUAGUAUGUGAUUAUUUUAUUAGUAUGUGAUUUUAAUGGUAUGCGAGUUUACUAGUACGUGAUUUUAGUAGCAUGUGCUUUUAGUAGUAUGUGAGUUUAGUAGUAUGUGUUUUUAAUAGUAUGUGAUUUUAGUGGUAUGUGCUUUUAGUAGUAUGUGAGUUUAGUAGUAUGUGUUUUUAAUAGUACAGUGUAUGUGAUUUUAGUGGUAUGUGAUUUUAGUGGCAUGUGAGUUUAAUAGUAUGUGUUUUUAGUAGUAUGUGAUUUUAGUAGUAUGUGUUUUUAGUAGUAUUAAUAUAUGUGAGUUUAGUGGUAUGUGAUUUAAGUGGUAUGUGAGUUUAGUGGUAUGUGAUUUAAGUGGUAUGUGAGUUUAGUGGUAUGUGAUUUAAGUGGUAUGUGAGUUUAGUGGUAUGUGAUUUAAGUGGUAUGUGAGUUUAGUAGGAUGUUAUUCUUGUAGUUUGUGAUUCUAGUAGUAUGUGCUGUAAAACGCGUGAAUAUGAACUGUUUGAUAUGAUACACAAUUUUAUGCGUGAAUGAUUCUGAUGUUUCAUUUUAAGGUAAAGUGUAUUUCAGCACUUGAAUUGUAUGAAUUUAAAAGUCUCAUGAAUGGAAAUACAACAUGUUUAUACAAUA